AUGGCAGUCAUCGCCACGCUGCCGGCGGCGAAUUACACACACUUGCUGUACAUCUGCAGCGAUGUGGUGGCGGCUUGUGACCGCAAGACGGCGUACCUGGUGCAACAUCGAGGCGACAGCAAGGUGGAUGAGGCAACAUGCAUAUCCCCAUAUGAUGCGGACAGUUUCGUUCCAUGGUUGCCUCCAGGUGCACCUGUUGCUCGCGUGCGCGCUCUUUGGUGCAUGCGCAAGGGCCAAGGCUACGCUGUGUUUGCUGAGCGAGCCGGCGAGAGCGGUGCAACCGCAGCGACAUCGCCUGAAGCCGCUUCCGUCAAGAUCAUCUCUGACUUGGCGGAGAACAUUGUCAGCCUGCACAUCUUCUACCAGUCGAUUCUUGCCGUGCGUACGCUCAAGCGGGUGCUUUUCUACUCACUGGACUCGUCCCCGACAGCGACGAGCAUAGCCACACGGAUAGGCACCUGCGCGCUUCCGAGGUGGGUGAGUCAACCUGCGGUGGUAGUGGACAUAGUCUCGCCUGUGUGCCGCUCCGCGGCUGCAGAGAAGAGCAUAUGCGUUGCGUGCUUCACAUCGGAUCGCAUGUUUGUGGCCACGAUCGUGUGCCCAUCCUCCGCGUCUGCAGCCGUGGUGCGUCGCACCGCGAUGUCCGGCGUGCUCUUCUCAUCCCCUGCCUCUGAUCCCGCUCCGACUCGCGUCUGCAAGUGGGCUGUGCGGUGGUGCAGGCAGGAAAUGCUGAUGCUGUGCUUCUCCGAAGCGGAUAGAACCCCACGUCUGACCGGGUUUUUCCUCCAGCCCACAAGAGGGUGCGAAAUGUCGAAGUGGAUGUCGCCCGAGGAGCUUGCCACGUCGGUGAGCGGCGCCUCGCCUGCUGCGGUGAGGGCCUCCAGCGACAUAUGCUGUGAUAGUGACGGAGCGCACGUGUGGCUGUGCGACACUACUACUGGUCCCUCGGUCGUUCUCCGGGAGGUGACAGCUGCCCUACCGAGUGAGCUGGUGCUGACGGGCACAAGUGCAAGCACGCGGGUGGCGAUGGCCACGGGUGCAAGUGGAGUUUUCGUGCUCGCAGGCUGCACACUGUAUUCUGUGAAACGCAGCCACAUGGGUGCCACGAGCGAGUCGGCCGCUGCCACGCUCACAGGGACUUCGAAUGCCAGCUCUCCUGGCAGGGCAUCUGUCGCAGCGGUCGGCGACUUGUCAAGGAAGCAGGAAGCAAGCAUGCAAAAGGAGUCAUCAGCAGCGGAAACCGUCGCGCACAAGGCCGCGGCGAGCGAACGAUCGUCGCUGUCUGCGCAUACGCUGUCAACGCCAUUGCAGCCAGCUGCGGCAUCUAUAUCGCGCAGCGCACAAAUCAAGGACGCCGUGUUGGAGUAUGCCAUGGGGCACACAUCGGUCUUUUCAGAUGUCGUGCGCGACACCGUUUACGUUCACGAGAGCGGCAGCGCCACCUCUGGCGCCGCCUUCACGCACGAUAUCUUGAGCGCCAUCAGUGAACGGCUUGACGCGGACCGACAUCAGCACGCGCUGGCACGUAUCCGCUACGGCGGUGUGGCGCGGUCGCUGCAUCCCUACACCGUGCUGGAGCUGCUGCGCUUUCGCCGUGGGCCGUCCGCGGAAGCGAUGCCGAAUGGUCUGCUCCUUGCCAUCGCAUCGACUCUAGCCGACAAGCCGACGCUCCGAGCCGGUGGUCUGUGGCGACUCCCCGCCUUUGCCGCUGCCUCGGCGGCCUUCUUUGCUUCGACCGGUAGCAGCGGCCCUUUCACAUCAGAGCUGGAGAAGAAGCGCUAUGUUGCGGAUGUCUGUGACGCCGCGAAGGCUGCCCUGGCGAGUGGGGCUCUCGGUGCAGCCCGUCUACUGUUCGCUGUGGCUGCAAGGGCGGUCUCUCUCAUCUACGGCGGUACUCGUAGGCGCCACGUUGAGGCGGCUCAACCUUAUGGUAAGGAAGAGCAGAUGUGCGAGGCGACCAUCGCCGAGUGCAUCAGCCUUAUGCGCUCCUACGUUGAAUGGUCUCUCACUGCCUCAUCAUCUCUGGGCGUCAUGUCCGCCCACGUUGGCGCUCCGCACACCCUGACGAAGGAGGCAGCUCUCCGCGAUGGCGAGGCGCACCCCAUCAGCACAUCGCGGCAGGUGCAGAUCCACCCCAUGCAAGUGUCUCGGCUGCCCAAGAGGUCCAUCUGA